CAAGUGGUACCUGUACAUCAGCGUGCGAAUGAGCUGUUGGUUCUAAGUAAUAAUGUAGCGGAAGAAACGAACUUUAUUCCACAAUGUCUGAACUAAACGAUUAUUUGGAGGGAAAGAUCACUUUCGAAGAGUUUGAGGAGCGGAGAGAGGAGAGAAUAGCGAAGGAAAAGGAGGGGAAGGUAGAGGUUUCAGAUGAAGGCGAGAUAGCUGAUCAAGAUGACCCUGUCCCGUCCACUUCUAAAUGUGUCAGAGGGACACGGAGACGCAAGACAGAUCAGACGGAAGAGGGCGUCAGUCCAUCUGUUCAGAAAGCUUUUGCCUCCAUGCUUGGAGAUGAAGAUGAAGGAGAUGAGGACCAGGAUGAUGAUGACACAAAGAUGGAUUGGAAGGAUAUUGGAGAGGAGGGCGAAGACGACAAUGACGAGGACGAUGAUGACGAAGAGGACAUUGAUGGCAAUGACGUCACACCCGGAGAUGCGUUUGCCCUCGAAAUGGAGUUGAAUCGUGAAAAUAAGAAAAUGAUGAGGGAGAGGCGUCACCGUAGUAAGUUACCACGUGCAUUGAGAGGACUUAUGGGAGAGGCCAAUAUCCGCUAUGCUAGAGGAGAGAAAGAGGAUGCCGUCCUGAUGUGUAUGGAGAUCAUUCGCCAAGCUCCACUGGCGUAUGAGCCGUUCUCCACACUGGCUAUGAUCUACGAGGAUCAAGGAGACAUGGAGAAAGCUCUUCAGUUUGGUUUGAUAGCAGCUCAUCUGAACCCCAGCGACUGUGAGGAGUGGGUCAAACUGGCCGACAUGUCUCUGGAGCAAGACAACAUCAAACAAGCCAUCAUCUGCUACACUAAAGCGAUUAAAUAUGACACCAGUAAUGUUCAGUACCUAUGGGAGCGCUCCAGUCUCUAUGAGCAGGUUGGCGAACACAAGCAGGCCAUGGAUGGAUACCGGCGAAUCCUCAGCCUUCUCCCGCCAUCUGAUGGAGAACAGUUCAUGCAGCUGUCUCGAGACAUGGCAAAGAGUUACUAUGAAAGCAGCGAGUUGCCGUCCGCUAUAGGAGUCAUGGAGGAAGCUCUGGAGAGACAUCCCGAGCUCGUCUCGCACGAGUGCAUCAACAUGGCAGCUGAGCUCUUCAUAGCCAAUCACCAACACGACAAAGCUUUGGAGGCGCUGGUAAAGUUUUGCAACAUCGUGUUGAGGAGAGAGGAGAAGACGGAGACGGUUGAUCAGACGCCUGCAAAAGACAAUGAAGAAGAAGAACAGAAGAAAACCGAUUGUGAAAAGGAAACGGGGAAAAUUGUGGAGGUGCUGGUUCCUGAAGAUGUUCCUGUGGACAUCAGAGCAAAGUUGAUGGUCUGUCUCAUCCACCAGCAUGUAUUUAAACCGCUGGACUCGAUGUUGACGUCUCUGAUGGAGCAGAGCCCUGAAGAACUGGGCGAUCUGUAUCUGGACGUGUCCGAGGCUUUUAUGGAAGAGGGCGAGUAUAACUCCGCCCUUCCUCUGCUCUCCGCCCUGGUCUGCUCGGAGAGAUACAACCUCGCAGUCGUCUGGCUCCGACAUGCAGAGUGUCUAAAAGCGCUCGGUCACUUGGAAGUGGCGGUUAAGAGCUACAGCAAAGUUGUCGAGAUGGCACCGUUGCAUUUAGACGCCCGUUUGGCGCUCUCCACCCUCCAGCAACGUUUGGGGCGCCCCAACAUGGCCCUUGAGGCCCUGGAGCCCAUGUACGAUUCUGAAACCCUCGCGCAGGACGCAUCAGCUGCCCAGCAGGAGCUGAAGCUGUUGUUGCAUCGCUCGACCCUUCUCUCUUCUCAAGGACGUACCGAUGAUUACAUCGAUACUUUGUUAACUAUGCUGUCUAUGCUUCUCAAGGUGGGGAUGGUGCGCGCUCAGGUGUGUGUGGUUUCCGAUACUUCCUCUGGUGUCAAACACCUGAAGCUCGUGAAAGUGUCACUGAACAAACUGACGAAGAUUGAUGACCAGGAAGCGGCGUAUUUGGAUAUUAAGGGAAAGACAAGCGUGCUCUCCAGAGAUGACUGGUGGAAGUUGUUGCUACGCUGUUUGGCAGUGAUGUGCGAUGUGAAGCGUUUUACAGAAGCCGAAUUACUGGUAGACUCAACGUUAGAGUAUUACUCUUUCUACGACGACCGCGUGAAACGCAAAGAGCUGGAAUACCUCGGCCUGUCCGCUGCCUUCCUCGACCGCAACUUCCAAAAGGCUUAUAACUACAUAAGGUUGAUGUUAAUGGACAACAAUGAGCGGACGCAGCUGUGGAACGUGUUCAACCAGGUCAUUCUGCACUCUCAUGAUGCACGACAUCAUCGCUUCUGUCUGCGACUCAUGCUGAAGAACCCCGACAACCACGCGCUGUAUCUUCUAAACGGACACACAUCGCUUGUUUCUGGAACCUUCAAACACGCACUCGGUCAGUACAUGCAAGCUUUCAGAAACCAGCCCAACCAUCCCCUUCAUUGUUUGUGUGUUGGUCUCACAUUUUUCCACAUGGCCUGUCAGAGGUUUGUCAUGAAAAGACACGCCGUGAUUGUGCAGGGUUUCUCAUUCUUGUGGCGGUAUGUGGAGUUCAGAGGUCACUGUCAGGAGUCUCUGUAUAAUCUCGGCCGGGCUCUCCAUCAGCUCGGACUUAAUCAUUUAGCACUUCAUUACUAUGAGAAAGCCCUCACUAUACCUCCACUCCAACUUGAGGGAAUGGAAGAUGAUCAGGUGGAUUUGAGGAGAGAGAUUGGCCACAAUUUAUCGCUCCUUUAUCAAUCCAGUGGAAACAAGGAUAUGGCCCGACAUGUCAUUUAUACCUACUGCACUGUCUGACCAAGGGAUCAUGGGAUUUUGUUUAUAAAAAGGUGCAUUUUCAAUGUACAGUUCCUUUAAAAAUAACUGCAAUGUUUUUUAAAUAAAGUUAUUUAUUAUUUGUA